GAGAGAGAGUGUGAGCCACCACAACAAACAGACACUGCUUUACAACAACACGAACGCACUCUCUCUCUGCACCACCCCCCUUCCUUCCUUCUCAAUUCACAUAAAUAACUCUCCACACCCUCACCUCACCUUCAUCUCUCUUUCUCUCUCUGUUUCAACUUUCAUCAUGUAAGAAGCCUUUCAAUUACUCUGCAUCCAGUGUUGGACUACUUUCAGAAAGGUUUGCUUCAGGAUCUGGAGGCCAUUUUUGCUUGAGCUACAAGGGUGAAGAACAGAAAUGUAUGCCUGUAAUUUGUACCAAAAUGUGAGAAUGCUUAUCAACAUCAACAAUUAGGAACCAACCUGGGUUGAUUCGAUUGCUAUCUAGAAACAUCCCCUCCUAUCUCUUUUGCACCUGCAGGUCUGAAUUCUUCUGUGUGACAGAAAGGAACUUCGGGUUGAUUGGAGAAACUGUGACUUAAAUGGCUAGAGUUUGCUGGCCAUACUUUGAUCCUGAGUAUGAGAACCUGAGCACAAGAAUCAAUCCCCCAAGGGUAUCCGUAGACAACUCUAGCUGCAGUGACUGUACUCUAGUCAAGGUCGAUAGUGUCAACAAACCCGGAAUUCUGCUUGAAGUCGUGCAAAUCUUGACAGACCUUGACCUCAUAAUCACCAAAGCCUACAUCUCCUCUGAUGGCGGAUGGUUCAUGGACGUAUUUCAUGUCACCGAUCAACAAGGAAAAAAACUUGCAGACAGCAAAACCAUUGACUACAUAGAGAAGGCUUUAGGACCAAAGGGCCAUAUCACAGAUGUACUGAAGGCCUGGCCAGGAAAACGGGUUGGAGUGCACUCUGUUGGUGAUCACACAGCCAUUGAGCUCAUUGGCAGAGACCGGCCAGGCCUCUUAUCCGAGAUCUCUGCUGUCCUUGCCAAUCUUCACUUUAAUGUAGUUGCUGCUGAAGUAUGGACACACAAUAGAAGAAUAGCCUGCGUUGUGUAUGUCAACGAUAAUUCUACAUGCCAACCUGUGGAUGAUCCAAAUAGAUUAUCUACUAUGGAAGAGCAGCUCAAGAACAUCCUGCGUGGGUGUGAGGAUGAUGAGAAAGUUGGUCGUACAAGCUUCUCUAUGGGGUUCACCCAUGUUGAUAGGCGGCUACACCAGAUGUUGUUUGCUGAUAGGGAUUAUGAGGGUGGUGGACUAGCAAAUGAAGUUGAUCACUAUCCUCCCUGCUUCCAACCGAAGAUCACGAUUGAGCGUUGUGAAGAAAAAGGAUACUCAGUGGUCAGCGUCCGGUGCAAAGACCGCGCAAAGCUCAUGUUUGAUAUUGUAUGCACACUCACAGAUAUGCAAUAUGUUGUUUUCCAUGCCACCAUUUCAUCUGAUGGACCGUACGCAUCACAGGAGUAUUUUAUUCGUCACAUGGAUGGUUGCACCCUUGAUACUGAAGGAGAGAAGGAAAGGGUCAUCAAAUGUAUUGACGCUGCAAUUCGGAGACGAGUAAGCGAGGUAUCAAAUUACCAUGAAAUUCAGGAUCUAAGGCUAGAGCUAUGUGCAAAGGAUAGAGUAGGCUUGCUAUCUGAAGUAACAAGGAUCCUGAGGGAGAAUGGGUUGUCAGUAACAAGAGCAGGCGUCACAACUAUUGGGGAGCAAGCAAUGAAUGUCUUUUAUGUUAGAGAUUCUUCAGGCAAUCCAGUGGACAUAAAGACGAUCGAAGCACUUCGUAAAGAAAUCGGGCACACAACGAUGUUCAAUGUGAAGAAAGUACCAACAAGUUCUAAGGCACCUGAGACGAAGGGAUGGGGCAAGACAAGCUUCUUCUUUGGGAACUUGUUAGAGAGGUUCUUGGCUUGACAUGAUGUCCAUAUGAAUGUAAAAGGCACAUUGAAAAUGUAUAGAAGAAUAAAUGUGUUCAGCAAGUUAUCUGAACACAGUUUCUGCAUUUGUACCCUUUGCAUAAUAUGCAUGCUUAUAACUUGUAACUUUUGGUCUUUGCACAACGCCUUUCUUUUUUUACUUCCUUUUGACAUUUUGAUUGUACUCCUCCUCAUCACUAUUAUGACGCUAGUUU